GUAGUCUGCGAAGAAGUUUUCGAGUUACCUAUCAGCAUCAUUUUAAAAGUCAACAGUUUAUCUUUUAGGAUGACGUCGUUAAAGCUGCAUGCCAUACUGACAGUCAUUGUGAUGAUUCUGUCCACAAGUUACGAAGUUAAAGGAGAACUGAAAUUGGAACUAAAAGCCGAAGUUCUUUUACCUCCGAAAUACUCGAUGAUGGUGUUAUCCUGCAAUACCGCGGGCGGGUAUCAUGAUUAUCUUCGCCUGACUCUUUCCAUAUGUAGGAUCAGUUCGACGGAGAAAGUUUUGUAUGGCUACAUAUAUGAGUGGAAUCAGGAGCAUUGCAAGGCACAUCGUCAAAUCAAACCUGACUAUUAUAUGAUGUGUGGAGUCCGUCUGGGAGAUUAUCAGAGCCAUGUGUUUUUCAUAUCUACGCUAAUGCCGCAUGACCUUGAAUAUGGAUGGGCUUGCUGCAAGGGAAACUGUUCAGACUUAAUGAGCAACGUAGUUUAUAUAGAAGCGUCUGAUGAAUGCGGCCUACAAUGUGAAAAUGGCGGUACUGUCAACAAAGUUGAUUGCUCUUGUAAAUGUACAAACAGUUGGACUGGAUUAAAGUGUGAACUAUGCGACCUGAAUUGUGAAAACGGUGGCGAUUUUGAUCCAGACAAUUGUACGUGUGAUUGUCUCGACAACUGGACUGGAAAAGGGUGUGAAACCAUUGUCCAGACACCCCAACCUUUGACUGAUGAUCAUGAUGGUGCAGGUGCAGGUGCAGGUGCAGGUGUAGGUGUGGGUGGAGGGGCAGCGAUCAUGAUGGGUGUGUUAGUGCUUCUUUCUAUUCCCAUGGCUUGGCUUAUUUACAAGAGAACAAGACCACAGAAGGAAGAUGCAGAUGAGCAGAUGACAGUACUGGAUGAUAAUGUUGAAUAUGAAGCUGAAGCUGAUAAACCUUAAAUCCAUCUCGAUAAUUUUGUCUGUCCAGGGUCCCAUCUCUGGAUAGCCAGGGGCCCGACCCGAGACAGAAAUUAUUACAGGGUCAAGUUAGAUAAUUACAGCCUAAAUGUUAAUAGUGGACUUUAAAUAAUUUAUGUGCGCAUUUGAAAAAUUAUUUAAAAAAAACAGUAUUUAAAAUGUUGUCGCAAUUUAUAAACGAGCUCUCUAAAUAAAAAAAAAUAAUCAUUAACAUUAAUUUACUGAAGCCCUUCAGGGAAAGAAAAGGGAGGUUGGUAGGAAAGGUUGGGUCCCAGCUACAGGAAGUUACUUAAUUCUGGGGCCUAAUUCACUAAACUCUCGCAACUUUGCGAUCUCGCAGUGCAGUUCUAAAAGACUUGCAAAGAGGAUACUUUGUUGCCUAGCAGAGCCUAAGAGACCUUUGUGAAUUAGGCCCCUGGUCAUCCUGGUUUUUCUAAUACCACAAAAUGCAUUUUUCAUAUUGUUAAAAUCGCAUAUACCUCUGAUAAAUAAGUGUUAGGAGAUGAGUUCUGGUCUAGUCUUCAGGGUAUUUCACCGAUUCAGAGUCGAAGACUCAUGUUGUUCUCUAGUGUAACUUUAUCCAAAUGUGUUACAGGUUUGUAGAUUUAACUGAACUUGGUGUCCAUAAUGUUUUUUACGAGUUAAAACGAGGGUCUGUGA